AGUUCAGCUCGACGUCUCUGCUGCUCCAGCUCCGACAUCAUGCCUGCUCGGACCGCCGCUUCCCCGCAGCUCGCCCGGCCCCGGCCCCGGGGGGGACCAUGAGCAGAGCUCUAGGGGGAGCAGCGGAGCUUGGUGCCUGGUCCUGGUCCCGGUCCUGGUCCUGGUCCUGGUUCUACAGCAGUGAAGCCCCUUAGCCGCCGCUAGCCGCUAGCAUUAGCCACGGAGCUACAUGUGCUUCUGUUCCUGCUGUUUUUCUCCCCCGAAUCCUCCACAAACUCCACAAACUACAGCCCCAGCCCCCCCAGCGCGGGUGUAUUAGUGAUUAUUUAGUGUUUUGCCGUCGUUCCGCGGGGGUUGAUCGCGGUUUUGGGUGGGUUUUUCGCCCCCCACCAGCCAGCGGCUCGGCUGGAGCCUCCCUCCCCGCACGGAGCGACCCUCACGCCGGGGCCGAUGCCCAGGCUGCACCGCCGGAGCCACCGGAGCCAUGCAGCCCCAGCACAACUACGACUUCUCCAGCGACGACAACAGCCACAAAUGGAGGGGCCUGUUCGUGCAAGCGCUGCGGAAGGUACAGAAGCAGGUCCACCCGAACCUGACGGCGAAGGAAGACGCCCUGCAGCACGUGGAGGAGCUGAUCCUGCAGCUGCUCAACAUGCUGUGCGUGGCCCAGCCGCGCUCGGUGCAGGACGUCGAGGAACGCGUCCAGAAAACGUUCCCCCACCCAAUAGAUAAGUGGGCGAUCUCCGAUGCUCAGGCAGCUAUUGAGAAGAGGAAGAGGAGAAACCCCUUGCUUCUCCCCGUGGACAAAAUCCACCCCCUGCUCAAGGAGGUUCUGGGCUACAAAGUGGACUACCAUGUUUCCCUGUACAUCGUGGCAGUGCUGGAAUACAUAUCAGCAGAUAUACUCAAGCUGGCAGGCAACUAUGUGGGCAACAUCCGGCACUUUGAGAUCAGCCAGCAGGACAUCAAGGUGUCCAUGUGCGCCGACAAGGUGCUGAUGGACAUGUUUGACCAGGAGGACGACUACGGCCUGAUGUCCCAGUGCACCGAGGAGCCCUCGUCCUCCGGGGAGCUCACGUACGACGACCUGGUGAGGCUGGAGAUCGCCGAGGAGAGGCAGUACCUGCGGGAGCUCGACCUCAUCAUCAAGGUGUUCCGGCACCAGUUCCUGUCCAACUCCAAGAUCUUCACGGCUCGGGACGUGGAGGUGAUCUUCAGCAACAUCCUGGACAUCCACGAGCUGACGGUGAAGCUGGUGGGGCUGAUCGAGGACGCCGUGGAGAUGACGGCCGACGGCAGCCCCAACCCCCUGGUGGGCAGCUGCUUCGAGGAUCUCGCUGAGGAGCAGGCCUUCGACCCGUACGAGACGCUACUUGAGGACGUCCUGAAGCCGGAGUUUCACGAGCACUUCAGCAACCUGAUGUCCCGGCCCACAGUCUGCCUCUACUUCCAGUCAGUUGGAGAAGGAUUUAAAGAGGUUGUCCAGUACGUCCUGCCCCAGCUGAUGAUGGUCCCCGUGUACCACUGUAUGCACUACUUCGAGCUGCUGCAGCAACUUCAGGAGCGCAGUCAAGACCAAGACGACAGAGAAUGUCUGAAACAGGCGAUUACGGCGAUGCUGAACUUCCAGUCCAGCGUGGAGCGAAUCUACGCCAAGCACCAGCUCCGCCGCAAGCCCGGCGAGCCCAUGUACCGGCUGUACAGCCGGCAGAUCCGCAGCAAACACCUGGCCAUCAAGCGCAUGAAUGACAUCCAGAAGAGCAUCGACGGCUGGGAGGGCAAGGACAUCGGCCAGUGCUGCAGCGAGUUCAUCCUGGAGGGCCCGCUGACGCGCGCCGGCGCCAAGCACGAGCGCCACAACUUCCUGUUCGACGGCCUGAUGAUCAGCUGCAAGGCCAACCAGAGCUCGCGGCUGCCCGGCACCGGCAGCGGCGCCGAGUACCGGCUCAAGGAGAAGUUCGUGCUGCGGAAGAACCGCAUCGUGGACCGCGAGGACUCGCCGGAGCUGCGGCACGCCUUCGAGCUGAUCAGCAAGGACGAGAACUGCGUGGUGUUCGGCGCGCGGGCGGCGGAGGAGAAGGCGUCGUGGAUGGCGGCGCUGGUGACGCUGCAGUACCGCUCCACGCUGGACCGCAUGCUGGACACGGUGCUGCAGACGGAGGAGCAGGGACACCCGCUCAGGCUGCCCUCGCAGGACGUGUACCGCUUCGCCGUGCAGGACUCCGAGGAGAACAUCGUGUUCGAGGACAAGGUCCAGAGCAAGACCGGCAUCCCCAUCAUCAAGGCCGGCACCGUGGUCAAGCUCAUCGAGAGGCUCACGUACCACAUGUAUGCUGAUCCCAACUUUGUGCGCACAUUUCUAACGACCUACCGAUCGUUCUGCAAACCCCAGGAGCUUCUCACUCUGCUCAUAGAAAGGAUUGAAAUCCCCGACCUGGAAAAGGCUGAGGACGACCAGGAGUCUCUCUGGAACGGAGAUCAUCCGAUGGCGGCCGAGGUGCAGAGGUUCCGACGGGAAUACGUGCAGCCGGUCCAACUCAGGGUUCUCAACGUUUUCCGUCAGUGGGUGGAACAUCAUUUCUACGACUUUGAGAACGACCCCGAGCUGAGAAGUCGUCUGGAGGAUUAUAUCACCAACAAGAUCCAGCUCCGAGGCAAGUCCAUGAGAAAGUGGGUGGAGUCCAUCAACAAGAUCAUCCGGAGGAAGAUGCAGACGCAGACCAACGGCAUCAGCCACAACAUCACCUUUGAGAGCUCUCCUCCUCCCAUCGAGUGGCACAUCUGCCGGGCCGGCCAGGUGGACUCGUUCGACCUCAUGACCCUCCACCCCAUCGAGAUCGCCCGGCAGCUCACGCUGAUCGAGUCGGAGCUGUACAGAGCCGUCCGUCCGUCCGAGCUGGUCGGCAGCGUCUGGACCCGCGAGGACAAGGAGAAGAACUCGCCCAACCUGCUGCGGAUGAUCCGCCACACCACCAACCUCACGCUGUGGUUUGAAAAGUGCAUCGUGGAGGCGGCCAACGUGGAGGAGCGGGUGGCCGUCUUCUCCAGGAUCAUAGACAUCCUGCAGGUUUUCCAGGAGCUGAACAACUUCAACGGCGUGCUGGAGGUCGUCAGCGCCAUCAACUCGGUCCCCGUCUACCGGCUGGACCACACGUUUGAGGCAAUACCAGAGAGGAAGAGGAAAAUCCUGGAAGAAGCCGUGGAGCUGAGCCAGGACCAUUUUAAGAAAUACUUGGCCAGACUAAAGUCAAUAAACCCGCCCUGCGUGCCUUUCUUUGGUAUCUACCUAACCAACAUCCUGAAGACGGAAGAAGGAAACCCGGACUUCCUCCGAUGCCACGGCAAAGACUUGAUCAACUUCAGCAAACGGAGGAAAGUGGCAGAAAUAACGGGAGAGAUCCAGCAGUACCAGAACCAGCCGUACUGUCUGAAGGUGGAGCCGGACAUCCGGAGGUUCUUCGAGAACCUGAACCCCAUGGGAAACAUGAGCGACAAGGAGUUUUCCGACUUCCUGUUCAAUAUGUCUCUGGAAAUUGAGCCAAGGAACUGCAGGCAACCUCCUCGCUUCCCCAGGAAGACGUCGUACCCCCUGAAGUCCCCGGGGAUCCGGCCCGUGCGGACGUCGUCGUCCGGGACCCUGAAGGGCCACCCCGUCCCCCUGGAGCGGGAGCCGCCCCACAAGACACUCACCUUCCGCAGCAUCGCCGAGACGGAGCUGGACACCAUGUCGUCCAUCUCGGUGCCCACGUCCCCCAACACGCCCACCCCGCCCCAGUCGGCCUCCUCCGACCUCAACUCCGUCUUCAUGGAGCACGACCUCAACAGCUCCUACGGCAGCACCAACUCUGUAUUCUCCACAGUUCUCCUACCGCCAUCAAAGUACCAGUCCGUCUCCUGCGGCAGCCUCAACCAGCUCGUAGAAGACCGGAAACCGCCUCCUUUACCUCCUCGGAGGAAAGACACCUCGGGUGACUUAAAGCUGAGCUCCAAGUCCGACAACCCUCCGGCCGUCCCCCCCCGGCUGCCCCCCCCUCUGCCGAGGAUCCAGCCCCGGCCGCUGGUCUACAACGGGCCGGCCCUGGACGGGCCGCUGCCCAGCCCGCCCCCGCCGCCGCCGCGGGACCCGCUCCCGGACACGCCCCCGCCGGUGCCCCAGCGGCCGCCGGAGAUCUUCAUCAACUACCCGCUGAACCUGCAGCCGUCGCCGGUGGGCCGCUACCACUGGGACUUCGGCAGCUCGCCCAGCUCGCCCAACACGCCGCCCAGCACGCCGUCGCCGCGCGUCCCGCGCCGGAGCUUCACGCCCAGCGUCAGCCACAGCAGCCUCUUCCCGCUGCCCAUCACGGCGCCGCCGGUGCCGCCGCGGCAGAACUCCAGCCCGCAGCUGCCCAAGCUCCCGCCAAAGACGUACAAACGGGAGGCGCCGCCGCCGCUGCAGCCGCCGCUGGAGGGCCUGUCGCUGCUGGAGAACGCCGACGGCAGCCAGUGAGGCAGAACUCAGUCGGACUCAAAAGCUACUGGCCUGAAAGAACAGCGCCGCUCGCCCGGCGACGCCCACUGUGCCUCUCAAGGGAUUAGCUCCGCCCCCAUCCCCAACCCUCGGCGGCGUCCCGGCUGAUUCGAGGUGAAGGGUGAAAACCAUAGACCUAAAUACGUAGACGCUCCAUGGAGCUGCUGCGAUACGUCAACGUCGCCGCCAUAUUGGAUGUUCAAGA